AUGUCAACAGCGCCUUGUGUCGCGUCACACGACAUUGGCAUGGGGCAUGGCCAGGAACCACGACCUGGACGAUGGGCAUCGAGAAGAAAAAAAGUGCGGAAAAGACAACACGCCAUGGCUUCAUGGCUUCACCUAACAUCAAGCCUCCAAACCGCCAUCGCCGCAGCAGCGGAAUGGCCUCAACGCUCGACUCGAUCAAGCAGCAAGCCAGCAAGCAGCAAAGCGAAGCCAGCACACGCAUCUAAGCGGGCUCGGGAAACAGGGUCGGCGUUCUGGAAGCCACCCAUGCCCGGGUACCCGCCCGGGUUGCCGAACAGCUUCCCGACCCGACUGGGGCGGCGUGGGCCCGCGAGAUCGGACUUAGACGGCCGCCUCCCUCCCUCCCUCCCAGGGGCCCUCCCUGUCCCCUGCAAUGAUGAUCUUUGUGCGUGCGCUGCUGGGCGAUGCGAAUUGUCCAAUGUGCAUGCGCGCGCCGUGCCGGUGUUUUGCUCGUAUGAGCGAGCCCGCCGCCGUUGCGUGGGUGCGACGUGA